UUUGGCGUUCCGGAAACGGCCAUACCGCGACGCCCAUGUGUUUUCAAAUGCAACAAGAGCGCAAAACUCAUUAAAUCUACCAGCUCUGUGCAACGAAACCCGAAGAAUAUGGGGAGGGACAAGAAGAAGCACGUGAGCCAGCGGGACAUAGCCUCACGUAUGAACUUUCUGUUCCAGGCCUCCAACCUAAUGGCAGCAGGCAAUCAAGCCAAACUAGCCGCCUACUAUGGCAAACUCUGCCGGAAUGUGGGCACCAAGGCAACUAUGCACAUGGCCCCGGCCUUGAAGCGUUUCCUGUGCAGGCGCUGUUCCCUUCCCCUGAUUCCCGGAGUGAAUACAGAGCUCCAGGUGGCCGGAGCACCCAAGGAGGCGACUGCUCCGGAUGCUCCCUCAAGCGGGGAAGCCGAAACGAAGAAAAAGCGAAAUCGCAGGCAGCGUAAGAAGCCCAAAAGCAAGAACUCAGGGAACGCCCAGGCAUCUGAGGUCCAAGUCGACGAAAGCACUGAACGUAUCUCUCUGUUUUUAGAGUGCUCACUCUGCUCAGGCCGGCGAACCUUCUCGGCGAACAGUCAAAGAGACUGCUGGUUGGAGCAGCCGCAAUCCGUAGUGCAAGUGGUGUCUUUCGCCGAAGAGAUAGAUUAGCGAUUAGCUGAAGCUUUGCUAAUCAGUCAGCCUGCCUCUUGUAGCCGCAAUCCGUAGUGCAUGUGGUGUCUUUCGCCGAAGAGAUAGAUUAGCGAUUAGCUGAAGCUUUGCUAAUCAGUCAGCCUGCCUCUUGUACUAUCGCCUGAUGGUUCGGCAGUUGACCCCGGAAUGCUGAGCUGUAGGCAACUGAUUUCUCGGCUGCUCCCUUUUCGGAAAACAAGCACAUUUGCUUGUGUGCGAGCCGCCGACUAUGUGGAAGUACAG